GUAGAUGUCUAUGUAUGUUUGUGUGUCUAUGUCAAUCCUCAUGUGUAUGCAUGUAUAUAUGCGUUAAGUCGUCAACCAGACGAUUAAGUUUGAGUGUUUAUGUGUGAGUGUGUGUUUAGCUGUUAAGCAGACGAUAAAUUUUGAGCGUGUGUAUGUCUGUGUGACGCGCGUAUGUAUGUGUACGCGCAUGUGUGUAUGUGUGUGUGUGUAUUUCGUCACUGACCAGACGAUAAACUUCCAAACCAAAAUCUCGUUAUUUUAACCAGUAAAGACCAGAAUGUCUACUGUUGGAUAUCCCUAUUGGGAUAUUGAAUGUUAUGCUCGAUACCAGAAUACCAGUAACACCAAUCCAGAAAAUUUACAUGAAAAUAAUCUUGAACUAAAUGGCAUCUGGAAGUAUUUCCUUUCAACACCAACAAAACAAAUCAAGCUUUCUUUAGAGAAUUCUUCACAUUUGACUAUAACACAGAAUAACACUAUUUUAGAAAACCAUGCUGUUGUAGGAGGAUCAAGCAAUAUAAGUGUAUUCUUUUCUGCUGACUGCAUGUUGUUUGUCAAUCAGUUGACAGAAAACUGCAUUCGCCGUUUCAAAAUAAAGUUCUCUGUGAACAAUAACAAGAAUGGUGAAGACUCCUGUCUUCAUAGUGUAGCAACUUUAGCAAGGUUUUUUACUAUAAAACAAUUGUAUAACAGUCAUGCAGAAUACAUAGCCAAGGGUUUUGAUGCCAAUACCGUAUCAGCUACCACAACUCAUGAAGAAGUCACAGUUGAUAAAAUUGCUAAAAUCUUACUGAAGCAAGACCAAACAGAACUGAGUAGAGCAUAUCAGGCAAGCACAUUCAAAGAAGAAAGACUUGAUAAAAUCCUGCAUCUCUGUUUAUCUGAUCCAAUGUUUCCAGUUUUUGUGAAUCAAGUUGAACAACAUAUUUAUAAUUUGAAAAAAUAGUUCUAUGAACUGAAAGCAUGAAUAUUCGAUGGCUUUUUAGAUUAUGGAAAACAUAUUUUGACAUGAACACAAACAUUCACACACACAUACACACUCACUAAAUACAUAUGCAGAUGUGAAAACACACACACAUGUAUAGUCACAAACUAAAUUCUAACUGCUGAGAUUGUUAGAAAUAAUUUUCUUUUACAAAUCUUGGAGUUGUACUUGAUUUGAGACUGUAUGUUGACAUAUCUCAUGAAAUAAAAGUGAAUUUUAACAGUUU